ACAACGGGGAGCAAACUCCUCUCAGUUCUUCUCAGGAUUGUAUCAAAAAAACAAGGCAGGCCCUGCAGGGACAGAGCUGGGCAGCUUAUGUUUAUAAGUAUAAGCCUACCCUUUCCAAAAAAAAUUAUGGCACUCCAAUUACAAGAAGGGAAAAAGAAGAAGGAAAUAAUUGUGCAGGUGCCUUGCCGCUGCUCUUUAGAAACAAAUAUUCAUGAUGGGACAAUCACGUACUAGGAAAUAUUAUUAUUAGCGGUGCUCUUAACUGAAAUGCUGUUUUCACUUCAAGAGUAAGCAGAAUUCAAGUGGUCAAUGCCCUUGAUGACCACAGGAAUCUCUGAGGAGCAAGAGUGUCUCCAAGGGAGAACAGAUGUGAAUUUGUGGUGGAAAGAAGGUCCAUGUACUUCAAAGGAGAGAACAGAUCAGAGCCAAGGUGUAAAUUCUGAUCCUGGGUCAUAUACGUUCCGAUUGCUGUCAUGCCUAUUCUCCUCCCUGCAUUCCUGGGGCUUUGUUUCUGCCAACUGAUUUCCGGCGACGUCUCUGAAAAUGACACCGUGGUGGUCACCAGCUCUGGAUCCAUUAAAGGCAUGAGAGUCCUAACUAGAUCUGGUGCCGUAAAUGCCUAUCUAGGAAUUCCAUAUGCUGAGCCUCCGGUAGGGAGACUGCGCUUCCAGAAACCUGUCCCACAUCAACCGUGGAGCCAUGUCUUGGAGGCUACCCGCUUUGGGAAACCUUGUCACCAAUGGACCUUUUUUAGCUAUCCUUCAAGAAUAUGGGUUGCCAAUAAGCCCCAUUCCGAAGACUGUCUUUUCCUCAAUAUUUGGGUGCCUCACCCCCAGCCCUCUGUGUCAGUCCCUAUCCUUGUUUGGAUCCACGGUGGAGGAUUUACUGUUGGUGCAGGGUCUUCGGACUUAUACAAUGGGUCAACAUUAGCUGCUACCGAAAAUGUCAUUGUGGCGUCUAUGAACUAUCGGGUGGGGAUUUGGGGCUUUCUCUUCUUCCCACCGGAAGCCCCAGGGAACAUGGGCUUAUGGGACCAAUACCUGGCUCUGAAUUGGUUGAAGGAAAAUGCAGCAGUCUUUGGUGGAGAUGCAGAUAAGUUGACUCUCAUUGGCCACAGUGCUGGAGCAGCCUCUGUGGGUUUCCACCUCCUCUCUCCUAUAAGCCAAUCCCUUUUUGACCGAGCGGUGCUCCAGAGUGGAGCUCCCAAUGCACCCUGGGCUUCGAUGCCACCUGAAAAGAUCCAGAAACGUACCGUUAAUAUAAUUGGUCUGUUGAACUGCAGAAAAAGGAACGACAGUGCUGUGAUGAGCUGUCUCCAAAAUAAGGAAGCCGAUGCGUUUCUGAAUUUCAGUUCUUUUUUCUUACCCACAUAUGAUGGCGAUUUCCUUCCCGAAGAUCCAAAGAUACUUCUACAGAAGGGGGAAAUUCCAGCAAAGCCACUACUUAUAGGUAUUACAAGGGAGGAUGGCACAGUCUUUAUACCUCGAGUUCUGAACAAUGUAGAUGACAAAAAUAGGACCUGGGAGCAGGCCUUAUCAGCUGUAGGCAUCAUAUUACGAAGAGAUUUUGAAGAAGAUAUUGUCAAGGCUGUAUUGCUUAAGUACAGUGAAAUGAAACACGGGUCAAAUCUGAACCGUCAGAUCUUAGCUCACUUUAGCAGAGAUUACUAUUUUGUGUGCCCGCUCAUUGAAGUUGCUGCAAGGAUGGUGGCAGUGGAGGGCUCUGUGUAUGUUUAUUCCUUCGAUCACCAAAUUUCGACUUCCGUCUGGCAAGAAUGGAUGGGUGCAGCUCAUGGAGUUGAGGUCCCUUUUCUCUUUGGAACCCUCUCAUCACUUCCAGGACUCAAUCAAUCAGAUGAAGAAGCUGACAGGGUACUAAGUCAACGGGUGAUGCACUACUGGGCCCAGUUUGCCAGAAGUGGGAAUCCUUCCAAAUUCACUCCCGGUGAAGUUCAAUGGCCACAUUACAAUGCUACUGAACAAAACAUCUACCAUAUCAGCACUGAGGCACCUCAAAUCAUGCAGUUUUUGCCACGUGAGAAGUGCAGUUUUUUGGAAACCCAUGUUUAUAACACAACAGGAAUUGGUGCAGCAUAAAGAGAUCAGACCAAACCAAAGACAAUCACUGACCAGAAUUGAAUGAAAGGAAUUCUCAGGCAACUUUACCGUGAAGUGUGUACAGGAAAAUAUAGUAAAGGAGAUAUACGGAGAACAACUGAAAAUGGAUGUGAAUGGAGAGGAUUUUCUUAAAAAUCAUACUCAAAUAAAAGAGCGAUGGAAACUU